AUGGUCGCCGCUCCUAUUCACAGACGAAACACAACUUACGUCGCCGCCGCCUUCUACCUCCUCAGCCUGCCGUUCCUCAUCCUCGUCUCGAUCGGUAACACCUACGUCAACGGCACCCUCAACUCGAUCUACUUCUUCAAGCUCGAUGUCUCCCAGAUCAUCCCCAUCUCCGUCUCCAACUCGAAUCUUCUCAACUCUGUCGCGCGAAGCCUAGGUCUCCAUGACUUCUACUCUGUCGGACUAUGGUCCUUUUGCGAGGGUUACCUGGGAGACGAGCUCCUGGCCGGCGCUAGUAUUGCCCUGCCGUCCGAGGUGACGACCAUCCUGAAGCUCCUCCGCCUGGGCUCUCACAUCAUGUACGCCUUCUACACGGCCGGCACCGUCGUCAACUUCGUCCUCAUGUUCGUGACCCCGCUGGUCCUGCGCACCCGCUGGUUCUCCCUGGCCAUCUCCCUGCUGGCCUUUGUGUCGGCCAUCCUCAUCACCGUCGCCUCCGUCAUCAGCACCGCCAUCACCGUCGUCGCCAAGAUCGCCCUCACCGCGCAGGAUGAGCUCAACAUCUCGGCCGACAUCGGCGUCAAGAUGUUCGUCUUCAUGUGGCUCGCCACCAUCUUCACCGACCUGGCCUUCAUCCUCCACAGCGCCAUGGGCUGCUGCUGCAAGCCUGACCGCCACGCCGCCGCCGCCGCCGCCGCCGCCUCCCAGAACGGUUCGUACGAGCCUAGUAUGCGCGAGAAGGGCAUUAUUCCUCUCGCCAACUUUAUGAAGCGGCGAAAGGGCGGUUCUGCCGCCGGUGAUGGCAACGAGUAA